AUGCAUCUCGUCGCCGUUCUUUGUGGCUUCCUUUUCUCCCUUUACACUCCUACAUGCUCUGCGGCGACAGAUACACUCUCACGCGGAGGCUCGCUGGCCAGAGAAGAGAGGCUUGUCUCCAGCAACGGCAAGUUCGCGCUCGGCUUCUUCCCGACCAACAGCAACAAUUCCACCAAUACCACCUCCAACUCACACCUUGGAAUAUGGUUCCACAAGGUCCCCAAGCUCACACCGGUGUGGAGCGCCAACGGGGAUAACCCAGUCUCCAGUCGUGCUUCGCCGGAGCUCAUGAUCUCCGACGAUGGCAACCUGGUCAUCACAGCUCACGGCACCAAGGUCUGGUCUACCCAGGCCAACAUCACAGCCAACAACACCGUUGCUGUUCUGCUGGCCGACGGGAACCUUGUCCUGCGGAGCUCCUCCAACUCCUCGGACGUAUUUUGGCAGAGCUUUGACUACCCAACCGACACCCUGCUACCCGGUGCAAAAUUGGGCAGAAACAAGGUCACCGGUCUGAACCGUCGUUUUGUUUCAAGAAGGAAUCUGAAUGACCAAGCUCCUGGUGUCUAUUCCAUUGGCCUAGCUCCUGGCCUUGAUGAGAGCAUGAGGCUGUCAUGGAAAUCGUCUACAGAGUAUUGGUCUUCUGGCGAGUGGAAUGGCAGAUACUUCAACGCAAUACCGGAGAUGUCGGAUCCCGCUUACUGCAACUAUAUGUUUGUUACCAGUGACCAGGAGUUCUACUUCUCCUACACCUUGGUGAACGAGAGCACAAUAUUUCAGGUUGUGUUAGAUGUCUCUGGUCAAUGGAAGGUGCGCGUAUGGGACUGGGACAGAAAUGAUUGGGUCACAUUCAGCUACUCUCCAAGAAGUCAAUGUGAUGUCUAUGCUGUCUGUGGAGCUUUCGCAAUCUGCUCUAACAACGCAAAUCCGUUAUGCUCCUGCAUGAAGGGCUUCUCUGUAAGAUCACCUGAUGAUUGGGAACUGGAGGACAGGACUGGUGGGUGCAUCAGAAAUACUCCUUUGGAUUGCAAUGACAGCAAUAAAGGUACAAGUAUGGCAGAUAAAUUCUAUCCUAUGCCAUUCAGUAGGUUGCCCAGUAAUGGCAUAGGUAUGCAGAGUGCUACAAGUGCAAAAGCCUGUGAGGGAUUCUGUUUGAGUAGUUGCUCUUGCACAGCAUAUUCUUACGGCCAAGGUGGUUGCUCUGUUUGGCACGAUGAUCUAACCAAUGUAGUUGCUGAUGACAGUGGGGAAAUUAUCUACCUUCGUCUUGCUGCAAAAGAGGUGCAAAGUUGGAAAGACCAUAAACAUGGAAUGAACAUCAGUGUAAGUGUUGCUGUGGGUGUAAGCACUGUCACCUUAGCGUUCAUCUUUCUAAUUGUGAUCUGGAGAAGCAGUAAGAGAUCUAGUCAUCCAGUGGACAGUGAUCAGGGUGGCAUUGGGAUCAUUGCAUUCAGGUAUAUUGAUAUAAAACGUGCAACUAACAAUUUUUCAGAGAAGUUAGGUGCAGGUGGUUUUGGUUCUGUAUUUAAGGGGUGCCUGAGUGACUCGGUUGCCAUAGCCGUGAAAAGGCUAGAUGGUGCCCACCAGGGAGAGAAGCAGUUCAGGUCUGAAGUGAGCUCAAUAGGCAUCAUCCAGCAUGUCAAUUUGGUUAAACUUGUCGGGUUUUGUUGUGAAGGUGAUAGGAGGCUACUUGUGUAUGAGCACAUGCCAAACCAUUCCCUUGAUGUCCAUCUGUUCCAGAGCCAUGGUACUGUUUUGGGUUGGAAUAUUAGAUGUCAGAUAGCUCUUGGUGUUGCUAGAGGGCUAGCAUACUUGCAUCAUAGUUGUCGAGACUGCAUAAUACAUUGUGAUAUCAAACCACAAAACAUACUUCUUGAUGCAUCCUUCGUUCCAAAAAUAGCAGAUUUUGGGAUGGCAAAGUUUCUAGGGAGGGAUUUUAGCCGCGUUCUAACUACAAUGAGAGGAACUAUUGGAUACCUUGCUCCUGAAUGGAUUAGCGGAACAGCUAUUACAUCGAAAGUUGAUGUUUGCAGCUAUGGGAUGGUUUUGUUGGAGAUCAUAUCAGGAAGGAGGAACGCGGGUAAAGAAGCUUUUACUGAUGAUGAGCAUGCUAAGUAUUUCCCUGUGCAAGUCGUGGACAAGCUUCUCAGUGGAGGCAUUGGAAGCCUUGUGGAUGCAAACUUGGGUGGCGAUGUCAACCUAGAUGAUGUUGAAAGAGUCUGCAAAGUUGCAUGUUGGUGCAUUCAGGAUAAUGAAUUUGACCGCCCUACAAUGGUUGAGGUAGUACAGUUUCUUGAGGGCUUAUCUGAGCCUGAUAUGCCUCCAAUGCCAAGAUUGCUUCAUGCUAUUGCUGGUGGCUCACCUUGA